UAGAAGAAACUAAGCAUGUAGCGUAUUCUCCCUUCCCUAAACUUGCGGAGCCGACAUUAGAAGAACCAGAGACCCAGAAAUCGAUGCCUAAUUUGGCUGGCUCGUCCACGCAACAUAGUCCAAGGGUGAAACCCUCCCAGCAAAACUCCCCGGCUAAGUCGGAGUUACAGGCCACCUCGUCAGCUAGCCCUGUCAAGUAUCCACGACAAGUGAGAGGCGGCAUUGACAAGAAAAGUGAUCACCUGGUCGAGCAGUCCCCAGCCGAGAAACGUAAAUUGUCAUCCAUCUCGAGGAUUCCCGUGAGGAGGGAGCAACCGAGUGUAGCAGAUCUCCGUAAAUCCUUCGAAAAAGGAUUGCAGUCACCUAAGGUUUCACCUCAGACACCUUCUAAACCAAAACAAUCCACAGAGAAAAUACCAGAUUGCACACCUCGGAACGGCGAUGAAAUGCCCCUAUCCUCGGGGUCAAUUCAGCAAGACAGCACUCCUUCGAUUCAAACAGCGAGGAAUAAUAAAGGAGCACAUAUUCAGCCAUCUGGUACUACGGGACAGACCACGCAUCUAAAUUUCAAGAAUCAAUGUUCAGAACAGUCAUUGCUUACGCAGAAUAGUAUUGAUACCAUAAAGCAUACACCGAGAGUUUCGUUGCCAAAAAGCAGCCGAUUCCGUCAAAGAGAUACCCACAACUUGGACGGGACCACCUCAUUCGAAUAUGACGCCAUGGAGCCAGAUGAAGCCUAUGCAACCAAUGCGUACCGUUUUCCAGAAACGGGCGGCGGAAAAAUUUAUCCCUUUACAGAUUCAAUCCAUCCAUUUCUGUCCACUAGCUCAAUUGGAAAUUUCCACGAUGAAAUAAGAGGCGACGGACCGCUUCUUCAUGAGGAAACUGUGCCACGGGAUAGCAAUAGAGUCACGCAGAAGCCUGCAUCCAAGUCGGGGGCUGUCCUAAGAUGUACGGGGAAAGUAUCGGAUCUUCGAAGGUUAUUUGAACGAACUCCAGCUCGAUGCGCAUCACCUAACCCUUUUAAGUCCUUCUGGCAAAGUCGAUCCCGAAAUAAGCCAAAAGUAGAAGUGGAGGGGGUCCCUGUUACGAGAUACGAUCCAGCUGGAUCGGCAGCCACAUCGACUACACAUAUUUCUCCGCCCAAGAGGAUAUCGCCCCCUAAGCUAACCACGGCAAUCUCAACCAAUGACUUCUCCUGUGAUUUUGCAGCACCGGGGGCAUUAGGUAACGCGAUCUCGAUGAAACACAAAGCACGCUUCGAUAUAGAACCGGAAGAAUCGGACGAAAAUAUGUCGGCUGAGCAGGGCUCUCCUGUCAAAGGUCGCAUCCAGCAGUUUGAACGUCUAGAGCGUGGCCCUCCAGCCCCUAGCUCGGCUUCAUCUUUCCGGGCUGAUUCAUAUGGUGCUAAUAUGAGUUCUUCCCUCAAGAGAAAAGAGAGCGACGCCAAGCAGGUAAAGACUCGAGGUAGUUGGCGGCCAUUCAGACAACGGAGUGUCGAGUUAUGGCGACGAAUAUCCAGUUCUUUUGUUCGAUCAGCCGGUGAAGAACAAACAGGACCCAGUAACUAUGAUGCUGAUCUCGGUAGCGGGUUAAGCUCGUUACGUCGCCGGUUGCGAUAUCGCCGCUCAGACAUAUUGAGUUACUAUUUAUACCGUUCAUCUGAAGUAGUUCGUUCUCCGACUACCUCAUCUAGUAGCAAAUCAAGCGACAGUAUCAACGAUGACCUAGUUGCGGAGACCGAAAACCAAGCACCCCAUCCGGCCCGUAAGCGAUCACCAUCACGCGAUGUGUCGAUAAGUAAGACAUUCCCAUUCCUAGCUCGGAUGUCUGAUAGCUUAGGUUGUACGGAUGAAUUUGACGACUUCGGAUUCGAUGGUUCCCUAUUAUCCAAGGCAACGCGAUAUAGGACCAAGUCGCCGGCGGGGGAUGUUCUUCAGUCUUCGUCCUCAAUUACUCCUCGUGGUGAUCCAAAUACUCUAUCCAGAGUAGUAUCGCAACAAACGGUGGCAGAACGCAAGCGACGCCGCCAAGAGGAAAAGCAGCUUCGCCGAGAACAGAGAGACCAGAAAAGGGAAGAGAAAGCAAAGUUCAAAGGCAAAGGAAAGGUGACGGGAAACAAACGCAGCGAUAACGACGGAAAAGAAGUGGUGACUACGCAAGAUAAAGGGAAGCAGAAAGAAGUCGAAGGGAAAAAAAAGGAAAGCAGUUGGAGCAAGAAGACAGCUUCGGGGUUCGUCGUGCGCCAAAUCAACGAUGUUAAGCUCCGACAUCCGAAGCCGAGACGGCCAGGUCAGGUCAAGAAGCUUGUCAAUAUGUAUAAGGAAAAGGCGAGCAGCGGAAUCAAGCUAGGCAAGGGAGUGGGUGCAAGCUCCGGAUCUGGCAUCGGCGCUGCUGGGCCGUCUAAUCACUGACGCGGUGACAUAACGCUGGUUUCUACUUUUAAUACAGCGUUGGAGUGCCGUUUGGGGAAGGGCGUACGAACAAGGUCGGCUACUAGGCUCAUAAUAAUUCCAAGGUCUAUCGUAAAACCGAGGAGUCAAAAAGGUGACGGUUACGGGAGCCGCGGGCCGUGAACGUGGUUAUUGUGAGGUACUUAUCGAGUAUUGGAUACCCUGGUGGUAAAGUAGUACUGGUCAAUCGGCCAUUUGGCCACAGGGGAAAUACGAACCGGCACAAGGGAGACGCUAUACCUAAGGCGCUGGAUAUGAGUUAACCAGCAGUUGGCGCGAGAGAAGAAGUUAUCAGAUUGUA